UAAUAAUAAAAAAAAAAUUAAGCCAUUUUAUAAAUUCCAGUGGCGUUCCAAUAUAUCCAUCAUCUUCUUUUCCAAAUAUAAGGAGAUUUUUAAAUUUAUUAAAUUAAAUACUUUGAUUUUAUGGCUCAUCUAUUAACGAGGUAUGUGGGGAGUCUGCACAGGAGAGCCAGCUAUCGAUUCUCUGCUAAGGGCAAGGAACCUGAGAAUAUUGCUGAAGUAUUAAAGUACUACAGGCCCGAAAGUUUAGAGAAAUUGUGCCGGAAAACUAAAUUCACCAAAAAGGAAAUCCAGCACUUCUAUCAAAAUUUUAAGCAGCAAUUUCCCAAAGGUGCUAUUAAUCAAGAAGAUUUCAAAUCUAUAUUUGCACAGAUAUUUUUAUCAGGAAGACCUGAAAAAUACGCUGAUAUGGUUUUCGCCACUUUAAACAAAGAUAACUUGGGAUUAAUCAAUUUCGAAACACUUUUAAUAUUCAUAUCAACCGUUUCCCGUGGUAGCAAAGAAGAAAAUUACGAAUGGAUAUUUCACCUUUACGACAUCAACAGGGACGGGUUCGUCACGAAGAAUGAAAUUUUAGACGUCGCUAUAGCGAUAUAUUACUUGCAAAAUCCUGUCCUAAAUCCUCCAACGAUUACCAGGAUAAUAGCUCACGUUGAUAAUAUUUUCAAAAAAAUGGACACUAAAAGUUACGGAGCAGUGAAUCGCGAAGAAUUUAUAGAAUUUUGCAAUGAUAAAAAAUGGGAUAUAUUGGAAUCUAUCGAAUUUCUAAAAACAAAUUACAUAUAAAAUAUACCGCGACAAAUUAUCAAUACAUUCUGGGGCUUCAGGAUUUCUCUACAAUAAAAAUGUCACGUUCGAGAAAAGAGAACAUUGAAAUAUAAUAAAUCUUUUAAAACUAUUCACAUGUUAUGCGCUAAAGCUAAAUCUAAGUAAUUAAAUAUUAUUAUAAUAUGAGACAAAUAGUAAUCCUUAGAUUAAAAAAUGCUUUUAAUUAUAUUAAAUAUAUUAAUCAUGAUUUUUGUGAACUGUAAUUUUAAAUCUAAAAGGGAUGAUAUAUAUGCACAAUCUGAUUCUUUAUGUCCUUAGGCUGGGAUUUAGUGUCAGCAAACGAGAGAGAUUUAGUAUUAUAUUAUAAAACACAACAUUUUUUGUAUUAGUUUAUUUGUAUAAGUUUUGAAUGUAUACUAAAAUAUAACAUUAUGAAUGCGCAUGAUUUUAUU